CAAAAAAAACCUCUCCUUUUUCCUUGGCUCUUGUGUCUCGUCGGCAUUUGCAAAGAACAAACAAAGAAGCAAUUCACUCUAUAUCUAUAUAUGGCAGCUGUAUAUCUAUAUAUGGCAGCUGGGCUGAUGAGAUGUGAAAUAUAUGUGGUGGUUUCGGUGUGGGAGGACCGCGAAAGGCGAUGCCUUUCAGCAGCAUGAUCCAGGAGAUGAAGGGCAAGAUCGGCGCCAUCUCGUUGCGCGGCGUGCUACGGUUCCGGCCGGGGGGCCACGCCGGGGCCGGGCGAGCGCCGGCAGCCGAGCCGGACGAGGCGUCGCGGGAGGGCUGCUGGGCGCAGUUGCCUUUCGAGCUUCUACGUAUGGUGCUGGUCAGGGUCGAGGACCAGGAGCCACGGUGGCCGGCCCGCAGCGCCAUCGUGGUGUGCGCCUGCGUCUGCCGCUGCUGGAGGGCCGCCGUCAAGAUUGUGCGCGUGCCGGAGGCUUCUGGGAAACUCACCUUCCCCAUCUCUCAAGCAGCCUGGCCCAAGGGAUGCCCCUCUCAAAUGUUUCAUCAGGAGGGACCGGGCUGCUCAGUCGUAUUCUCUGUGCCUUGGAGUCACUGAUGCUGAUGAUGGGAAAUUUCUACUUGCUGCACGCAAAUGUCGUAGGCC